AUGAUUUCCGUUGACGUGAGAACAUCGAGCAUAAGCAUGUCGAGUAUGAAAGCGGUUGCAGUGUCGGACUAUGGUACGAUAGAAAAUCUGAUCGCGACUGAGGUUGCCAAACCUGACAAACCUGGAGGUCACGAUCUUCUGGUUAGAGUCAAAGCGACUUCCGUGAAUCCUGUUGACACGAAAGCACGAAAUGGGACCUAUGACGAUUAUCCGGACUACUAUAAGCGCACUCCUUCUGUGCCACACGUGCUUGGCUUCGAUGGCGCAGAUAUCGUGGAGCAUGUCGGAGGUAAGGUACAAGAUGUUAAAGUCGGCGACGAAGUAUUCUACUCCGGCAGCCCCAUCCGACAAGGAGCAAAUGCCGUGUACAUGCUCGUGGAUAGCCGGAGUGUUGCAAGAAAGCCCAAUAGUCUGAACUUUGCCCAAGCUGCCGCUAUGCCGCUGACCUGGAUUACUGCGUAUGAAGCACUGGUCGAACGACUGGAGAUCAAGGAGGGCGAGAAUGCUGGAAUCCUUAUCAUCAAUGGAUCUGGUGGUGUUGGAUCGGUAGCGUCUCAGAUCGCUCGACAACUGCUGCGCCUGCCCGUUGUUGUUACGACCACUUCAAGGGAAGAGACAACUGCAUGGAGCAAAGAGCUUGGUGCAACGCACACUGUCAACCAUAGAGAAGACGUGGUCCAGCAGAUUAAGGAUCUGAAGCUGCAAGUCCCGUUGAAGUAUGUCUUCAUCACGCACACUCCGGCGUCAAAAUACAUCAGAGAUUCGGCCUCAAUCUGCGCGCCAUUCGGGAAAGUGUGCAGCAUCGUUCAGGACCAAGAGAUUCCAAUGUACGGUACAGAAUGGAUGGCGAAGAGUCUGACUUAUGUCUGGUGCCUCCUCGGGACGAAGCCGUACUAUGGUGUGCAACUGGAUUCCCACGGCAAGAUCUUGAAGCAGCUCGCGGAGUUUGUGGAUUCUGGCAAGAUCAAGUGUCAUCACACACAGACGCUGCCCCUUACUGCUGAUGGGCUGCGCAAAGCUCACGAGCAGAUUGAAGCUGGGGGCGUGAAGGGAAAGAUUGCUCUGGCGGUUGAUGCCGAGGGUCUUGAUCCGCAGCAAGCAUUCACAUAG